AUGGAAUCAACAAGUUUUUCAUCUUAUAACCUUCUUAACUUCAAUCAAAGACCUCUUCGGCAUGGCCCCAAGUACCGGAGAAAGUCAGGAACCUUCAUCGUAGCUUCAACUGGAGGUAUCAAUAAUAAAAGCAAUGGACCGGAUUAUGUCGGUAAGCGCGUCGACGAAAACAUGAUCAUGCUACGAAUGCGGAUUAAAGAUACAAAGAUUUCGGAGGGUUUUGAGUUGCCUUCGGAAUGGAUGGAAUGGGAGAAGCAAUAUUACCUUCAUUAUAAUGAGGAUGUUUGUGAAGCAAUGGGGGUUUUGCAAAACUUGUUGGUGAAUGUUAGGCCAAGUUUCGGUGGCGGUGGAGGCGAUGGGAAGCGGACCCUGGCUAUUUGGGCGCAAUGGCGGCAGGAGCACCAGACCUCGGGCGGUGUGCCUUCGGGGGAGUAA